GUCGGGUCAUAGGUAAGUCAUGGUAUAUAGUAGGGUUUUAGGACCAUUGUCUUGUUGUUCAAGAACCUAAAAUUCUCUCAUUAUUCACAAACUCAACCAUGACUGCACAAUCUCAAGAAGAGAUCUUAGCCGCUCAUCUCGAACAACAGAAAAUUGAAUCUGAGGAGCCAAUUAUUGAGGAUGAUGAUGAUGACGAUGAAGAUGAAGAUGAUGAGGAUGACAAAGAUGAAGAUGAUGCUGAAGGGGGUAGUGGUAGGUCAAAGCAGAGCAGGAGCGAGAAGAAGAGCCGAAAAGCUAUGAUCAAGCUCGGAAUGAAGCCAAUCCCGGGGGUCAGCCGUGUCACUGUCAAAAAGAGCAAGAAUAUUCUAUUUGUCAUCUCGAAACCGGAUGUUUUCAAGAGCCCUGCGUCAGACACAUAUGUUAUAUUUGGUGAGGCAAAGAUUGAGGAUUUGAGCUCUCAACUGCAGUCUCAAGCUGCUGAGCAGUUCAAGGCUCCUAAUUUGAGCAACGUGAUAUCGAAGCCAGAACCAUCAACGGUGGCUCAGGACGAUGAGGAUGUAGACGAGACAGGCGUAGAGCCCAAGGAUAUUGAGCUGGUGAUGACCCAAGCAGGUGUUUCCAGAGCAAAAGCUGUCAAAGCUCUCAAGGCUGCAGAUGGUGAUAUUGUCUCUGCCAUUAUGGAGCUUACGAACUAGAAAGUCUUUACUAUGUAGGUUUUCCAAUCUUUUCAGAGCCUUAUGAAUAUUAAUGGUUUCGGUUUGCUGCUUUUUCCUAUUCCGUUUUUCUGUUCUGCUUGAUGUCAUGGUAUACCAGAGACAUCUUGAAUUAUGCAAAAGAAAAAAAAGUUGGGAGCUAGAGCAUUUUCUCUCACUAACUAAA